CACAGUGGCUCACUCACACGACUACGCGAGUCACACUCAUACGAGUCACACGGCUCGACAGUCAUUAUUGUUUUGUGUUUACCAUUCUCAAUUUUUCCGUUUUAAGUUGUUACUACUCACUGAACUGUUGAAGUGUUCCUUCAGUGCAGAGAGCUGGUUCUAGCAAAAGAGGAUUCGUUUUUUGGUUCGUACGACGUACACGCCGUCGAACCAAAAGAUAAAAUGGGUCUCUGUUUUCUUUGUGAUGCAAAAUUGUUCGGUGAACGUACACGAGUCUGUUCAAGCAUUACACCACAUAGUAAUGUACCGUAUCCAGAAAAGAUAGUUGAACUUCUUGGAGAUGAAUUUGUUGUUAUUGUUACCCCUGCUGAUCACAUGUGCAAAAAAUGCACAUCACUUUUGACUCAUAUGGACAAGUUGGAAAAUGAUUUGAAACUUGUUAAAAAUGCAAUGUUGUCAUAUAUACAGAAGAAAUAUGGAAUAUUGCCUCCUGAUCAGGCUGUUAAGGGUGUUGAGAUUGUCAAUGGACACUUAAAGGCAGAAGAACAACUAGAACAGGGUCAGCGUAAAGUACCCAGUGGUCUAACAGUAGGAGUUUCUCCCACUGUGACUACUGCUGCCGCUAGCUCAGUUCAAACUCCUUUAAAAAUGUUAAAAACACAACAGCAGCAGCAGCAACACCAACCACAACAUCAUCAACAACAAUCACCACAACAAGAUGGUGCUAACAAAAUGAAAAUAUACAAAUGCGGUUUUUGUACAUUCCAAUCAAAAGAACUUGGACAUGUUCGAUUCCAUAUGCGCACUCAUAUGAAUAAAAAAGAACCUGAAAAACCUCUUCUUAAUCAAUCAGCGGCUAAAGCAUUAACUCCGGUACCACAACAAAAAAAACGACUAUAUAGGUGUCAAGUAUGUUCCAAAUCAUUUGACAGUCGAAUGAAUUGUCUUGAUCACAUUCAGAAAGACCAUAAUCAACCAACUGCAUCAACUUCAAAUGGGGAAAGAGAAACUGAAGAUUCUCGUACGGUUACUACAACUAAAGCAAUCAAGCCGGAACAAUCCAAGACUCAAGAAAAUAAUCAACAAGCGGAGACUCCUAUGGAUGUAGACGAUAAUCAAAGAGGACACAAACAAGGAACUGUAGAUACAGAUAUGAUGUUGAAUGACAAUGUCCCUACUGAAGGAUCUGCAGAUACCGAACAAGAAGAAGAAACUGAAAAUGCAGGCGAAGAAGAAGAAACUGAAAACUCUCAGGACAAUAAGACAGUAAAAGAAGGUAAAUCCAUAAAAAAAUCUGAGUCUGGGCAAGAAGAAGCCACAAGAGAAGAAGAAGGGGAUGAAGAAGAUACAGCUGUGCCUGAACAAGAAGAACCUGAUCAAGAAAUUCCGGACAGUGUUGAGAAAGAUGUUGAUGAAGACAGUGCGAAUGUAGAGAACAAAACAGGAGACUUGGACAUAGAAUCCAUGUUAGCCGCAAUUCAUAAUGAUAAUCCUACAAACGGCGAGGAUUCAGAAAACAAAGUUUAAGGUUUUUACACCUUAUUUAAAAGUUAGAAAUCAGUUUUGAAUUUAAAAGGAUUGAAUUAAUAAUUUAUUAUUUUCUUAAGGUGGUUUUAUUAUAUUUUUUCAAUAACUAUUUUUAAGAGACUUAGUUUAGGAGAUUAUACUAUUUAUUUUAUUAAUAGACUUAACCAAAUUAAUUAUAUAUAUAUAUAUAUACUGAAAUGACAAAAAUAAAAAGUACAAUUAAAAAA